AUGUCUAUAAAUUUAGAAUUAAAUAAUAUUUGGAAAGAUUUUUUAUUUAGUUGGGAAAAGAGUAGUAGUGAAAUGAAUGGUGAAGUUUUUCCAUCGGAAGUUUUUUUAAAUAUUUUUGGAAAUCAAAAGAAAAUAGAGCUUGCAAAACAACUGUUGCCUCCAUAUAACCUUACCACAUUAUAUCACGGUGUACCAAAUACAUGUUCAGAUUUGUCUUGUAAUAGUUGUGGUGGCUGCAAUAUAAUGAAAAAUGGUUUCAAUUUAUCUUUGGAAUCUAGUUCAAAGGAAUCUUAUUUAAGAUUUCGUAAGGGUGUUUAUUUAGCAUCAAAUUCAUCAAAAGCAAAUGACUACACUUCCCCAAAUAAAGAAGGAUAUAGAUGUAUUUUUGUUUGUAUUGUUAAUUUGGGUUCUAAAAAACUAGAAAAUACAAAUGAAUACUGUAAUUCUGUUCAUGUUGUGCCAUCUCUUCAAAAUGAAUACAGUUUUAACCCCGACAAUUCCACCGUACCUGAAAUUGAGGAGUUUGAAAAGAGGAAUUCAGUCUUUUAUUCCGGUUUUGAUGAAUAUGUUGUUUGUAAUCCAUCAUUAAUCGUCCCAAUAAUUGCAAUUAUCUACAAAACUGACCUUAUAGAGAAUUUAAAUUUUAAGAAAUACAAUAUAGUUUUUAUGGGUCCAUCUCAAACAUUUGAAUAUAGUGAUAAGAAAACAAACUAUCAUUUUAAACUAUUAUAA